GUCCUUGACAGGUAUUUAGGACAUCAAUACGAGCGAAGCCGCAGUUUGUAUUUGUGUUAAGGGGCUAAAUAUGGGUUGUUGUUCACCUACUGAGAGAGAAAGUUGCUGCGAUGACUCCUGCGAAAGUUCUGAAAGUUCGAACAAAUGUCAGACACAUUACAGAAGGUCAUCUUGUUUUGGCACAUGCAGUGGUUUAAAUUUCAUUUGUGUGGCCUUUCUCUCUUUUGUACUUUUCCUUACCGCGACAGGACUAGUGGCGUAUUACAUGACAGAAUACCACGGAAAAAACCUCAAAUGGCGAGAAUAUAAGACAACAGAAGAUAGGGAGCAAUCUAUGAACACCCAUGCAGUUUUGACGACUUUUGGAUUCAUUACCUUGGCUGGAAUAGGUAUAACAAUGUACAGAGUAUCCACGUGUUGUGAGCGUUCAUCUCUAAGGGUGCUGCAUAUCUUCAUUCUACUUGCAGCGGCAGUAGCUAUAGGAUAUGGGGUUUACAUCCCUUACGAAAUAAACGAACUACAAGAAAGACCGCACUUUUAUUCAACCCAUAGCUGGGCUGGUUUGAUUGCUUGUGGAUUAUUCGCCCUUGUGCUGGCCUGCGGAUUUUUAAAAUUUAUUCUUCUAUUAAUGUGUGGUCCAGUGUCAUGUUGCUUACGCGCGAGCUGUAUACCUAUCCACGCAGGCCUUGGACUAGCUGCUUAUUGGACUGCUAUCGUCGCAAUCGUCAGCGCAAUACAAAGGGAUUUAGUGGAAGCCAAUAUUAAGAGAAAGAAGUACAAGGGGGCCGAUCUAGGUCUCUGGUGGGGAGAUACUUUGAACGAUUUCUUAGAAAUCACCAAACGCGAAGAUCAGGCUGGAUUCCAACAAGUUUAUUAUAAAAAACUUAGAACAAUGCAACCCCGCCAUCGUCGCCCAAUUUUCGUCGUACCCCAAAGACCACGAAAAAUGUUUCCACAACGACGUUUCACACUAACGCCAAAAUUUAACCCAGAGAGAAUAGAUGAAACUACAGUAGAUUUAAUACCACAACAAACAGAUUUAUCCGAAGAAAUUGAAACAACAACACUACCUUCUCCGCCUCACCUCCCAGGAAAGGAUCCGGUGUAUCCCGGUGGUGGUAUGUUUGAACCUUACCAGGAAGAAAAUUUUGAAGUUGCUAGGGUUCAUUUAGCGGGUGGGCUUUCAUUUUUAUUGGUCUGUUGCGGUCUUCUAGUCACUUAUUCAGUAUUGAGUCGGUUUUGGUGUAGAAGGUAA